UGUAUCACUUCCGGUUACUUCCAUCCUGUCGAAAGGGAAACAUAUGACUCGUCUGUUGCGUUGAGACUGAAACCUGCCGACUAAAACCUUCCAACGGCUGCUUUAGGAAACUAAAAUAAACAUUUGGAGCAAGUUUUAAAGCUGCAGUGAUGAAGGUGAGCUCCUCAGAGAGAGUCAUCCUCCACUGACCCUCCUCGGAUGCCCCUCCUCCUCCUCCUCCUCUUCCUCCUCUAACCUGUGAUGGACAGCAGGUGCAGCAGCGCAGGGGGGGGGCUAUUCCAUCAACAGCACUCCCACCUCCACCCGCAUGGAGUCCUUCGAGGCCGGAGAGAAGAAGUGCAUCUCCGACGUGAGGAGGACCUUCUGCCUCUUCGUCACCUUCGACCUCCUCUUCAUCACCCUGCUCUGGAUCAUAGAGCUCAAUGUAAACGGCGGGAUUCAGUCGCAGCUGGAAAGAGAAGUUCUGCACUACGACUACCACGCCUCCUUCUUCGACAUCUUUGUGAGUUCUUGCUCUUUUUUUUGCAUAUAAUUUUCUCAAUGUGAC